GUAGGAUAAGAUUUGUUGGAAGAAAGGUGCAAACAGGAGACAAGAGCAAAGAUCUAUGAGGAGCCAUGUUUCAUCUUUUGCUGCUCUUAGGGUUUUUCAGCCUCAGCGUCUGUUUGCCUCGUCAGUAUCACUUCAUUAAUGAGAGUAAGACCUGGGAUGAAGCACAGAGAUACUGCAGAGAGAAUUAUGUUGAUUUAGCCAGUAUUAAUAACACUGAAGAGCAACUGGCCCUUACUAAAAUAAUAAACAUUUGGAACAGUGGCCAAACCUGGAUUGGACUAUAUAAUGAUCUGAGCAGCUGGAAAUGGUCUCUGGGUGAUGAUUCUUUCUACAAGGACGGAGAGAGAAACUUUAGAAACUGGUAUAUACAAAAACCAAGUAACUGGCAUGGAAACAAUUUGUGUGUAUACUUUUCAAGUUAUUCUGCAGUAUGGUCGGAGAUCUCUUGCUCUUGGACACUUCCGUUUAUUUGCUUUGAUGGCAGAGUGAAUGCCAGUGAAAGAUAUGUCCUGGUUACUCAGAACAUGAACUGGACUGAAGCUCAGAGAUACUGCAGGGAACAUUACACAGACCUGACCAGUGUGAGGAACGACACUGAGAACCAGAAAAUAGAAUCAUUACUAUCUAAUAAUAAUAAUAAUAAUGAUGAUUAUAUUUAUUAUAGUGCUGUAUGGAUUGGCCUGUACAGAACCAGGUCUUGGUCAGAUAAAAGCAACUCCUCUUUCAGCUACUGGAACCCUGGACAACCAGAUAAUUAUGCACAGAAUGAAUCCUGUACUGCUGUGUCAUUAAGUGAUUCUGGGAAAUGGACAGAUGAAAACUGCAGUCAAGCUUUUCCAUUCCUCUGUUACAGCACAAUGUCAUCAACGUUCCCUCGUCAAUAUCAUCUUAUUAAUGAGAAUAAGACCUGGACUGAAGCACAGAGAUACUGCCGAGAGAAUUACACUGACCUGGCUACCAUUGAUAACAUGGAGGAAAUGAACACACUCCUUAACACAGUAAAUGGCAGCUACUCAGGUUUAGCCUGGAUUGGACUGUAUGAUGAUCUGGAUAGCUGGAGAUGGUCUCUGGAUGAUGAUGCUUUCUACCAGGAGGGAGAGAGAGACUUCAGAGGAUGGUAUCAUCAACCUGAUAACUACAAUGGACAAGAGCUGUGUGUUUCCAUGAACAACAGAGGGGAAUGGUUUGACAGUCCUUGUACUAAAAGAAUGGCUUUUGUUUGCUAUAAUGGUACAAAGAAUACAUAUGUGUGGAUUUAUUACACAAUGACUUGGGAAGAAGCUCAGAGAUUCUGCAGAGCAAAUCACACAGACCUGGCCAGUGUGAGGAAUGAGACGGAACUUCAGCAGAUACUCAGCAUCAUGAACGACUUUGAGGUAUGGAUAGGUCUGUAUAGGAACCAAUUAUGGUCUGAUAAGAGCUGCUUGAAUUUUACAUAUUGGAGACCAGCAGGAAAAGAAAUGAUUGAAACUGAACAGACCCGAAAUCAGCACUGCACAGCUGCGGAUCAUUCUGGCCAAUGGACAGAUGAAAACUGUUUUGCCCGUUUCCCUUUCAUCUGCUACACCACAUUCACUCCAGGUGCUGUGAUGAGACUGCAGCUGAAAGUCAAAGCUAAUGGAAAUCCUUUGAAUUCUGAGAUAGAAGGACUGGUGUUGAUGAAACUUGGACAAGAAUUGAGCAGACUGGGACUUUCAAGGAACAUCACUUUGAAUGUGAGAAACAUCCAUAACCUCGGUCCAUGAAGAACAAAGCCUACAUUCAGCUAGGUUGUUGAUAAAUCUGCAUCUGUAUCUGCAAAUACAGUUAUUCAAAAUGCGGAUCUAAAUGUUACAUUACAAAUAAGCUAAGUAAAUUAAGGAUUUGUUAAAUGAAGAAAAAAAAAUUGAACAUUUUACCAUAACUAAAAUAUUUACAGCUCUCAAAAUCCUUGAAAUGCCUCCUGGCUUUGACCAUAGCAAUAGCAAAUCACUAUAAUUACACUAAGUUGUGAAUGAGCAGGAUUUUCUAAGGUGUAAUGCAAGGAACUGUUAAAUGUUUAGUGGUUAAACACACUGAUGAGCUCCUCUUCUCUUAAAGCGUCCAUUAUCAUCCUGUGCUGCGUUUUAAACUGAAAGCUCUGAACUUACAUUCAAAAAUAUUUACUAAUCUAGGAAAUCCUGAAGACUAGUAUGUAAAACAGACCUUUCAGAGCUUAAGGUGACAUAAGAGAUUUUUAAAAUUAAAAUGCUAAAUGUAAUAGGAAAAGUAGUUAGUGUUAGUACUCAAUAACAGUCUAGAAUAGUACAUAAGUAUGUGAUUUGAGACACAGCAGAUGUUUGUUUAGUGGAAGUAGAUAUACUAAUCUAUACUAUUGCAGCAUGUCAGAAUAGUGAAAAAAUACUAAAAUAACAUGUAUCAUAAUAGUUUAAAUGCAGCGUAUCUGAAUGUGAUUUCAAGUAACAUUUCAAAAAUUAGCAAAAAAAAUCCAUCUUUGAUAUUUCUACUAUAUUAAUUUGUAAAAUAAAUGCAUGAAACAAAAAAGGAGAUUGUGAGUUUCUCUUGCGAACCCAUUUGUAAAUAAAGUGACCCCUACUUUUGGAACCUCUGGUGUAAUAUUUUAUUUGGUGUAUAGGAGUAAAAUUAAUACUGUUUAUAAACUGUAUUUCCUAAAAUGAAUUUCAACAAAUAGAACACUGUACUUAUUUAUGCUUACUGUAAUUUACAGAAACUUCUGAUGUGGUAUAUUUUUCUGCUUUGCAAUAAUGAUAUUUUCUACAUUACCUACUACCUAGUUGUGUUAAGGGAUGCUAUGUGGCUUAUUUAGUAAUUAUUUUCUGUAUUUGUAGUUAUGGGUAUUUUGAUUAAAGCCCACUCUGAUUACACCGAAUGAAGGAUUGUGUGAAUGGUUUUGGAAUGCAGCUUAUGUAUUGUGUGAAGUAUUGCUAUUUGUAAAGGUAAACUGGGGAAUUAUACUGUUUAAACAAUUUGUGACCUUGAACAGUUUUUGCCUUAUCAAAUUGAAAAUUUGUAUAUUACUAUACUUGAGUACACAUUUGAGGUUUACUAGCCUACAUUACAGUACAAUUUAUGGCAUUUGGCAGAUGCUCUUAUCCAGAACUACUUACAUUUAUCUCAUUUAUACACCUGAGCAGUUGCGAGUUAAGGGCCUUACUCAAGGGCCCAGCAAUGGCAGCUUGGGAUUAGAACUCACAACCGUCCAACAUCUUAACCACUGAACUAUGACUGCCACCAUAAACCAGCCUUUAAU